AUGACAUUUUAUCUGAAUUUUAGCAAAGGCUCUAUUGGAUGCAAUUUUACCCUGCUAUUGAAUCAAGCAGUAUCCAACGAAUUACCACUUGUUGAAUCCAUUAAAAAUGUGCAGCUUGAUAACAUUACUGUCGAUGGAGUCUCUCUUAGGAUUGAAAAAUCAAAGACAAACUGUGCGAUUCAAAAGGCGUUAUCCUCUAAACAAAUGGAAGAUAACUGCAGACACUCAAAUGUGUGCUCAAUCGAUAGGGUAUGUGUGAUUAAACGACAACGUUUCAUGUGCGAACACAAGUGUGAUGUACAUAACAUGUGCUCAAAUGAUGGAGAAUGCUACGUAAACGAAAAAGGGGAUAUGAAAUGCAGAUGCAGAGAAGAUUCCACCUAUAUCUACAAAGGUGAAGCAUGCAAAGAAAAGGUUUUAAUUUUCUUCAGUGGGAAAAACACUGCUAUCAUAGGCGCAUGCGCGGGGGCUGUCGUAGCAUUUCUCUUGUUACUUGUUAUAUAUCUUGGCGCUAGAUGGAGACGCAAACGUAACAAACAACUAAAUGACGAAAAGAUGACGAACCCUGAAGAAAUACAGAGAGAAAAUUCCAGGAUCGAGAACGUACCGAUGGCUGGUGUGGGGAAGACGAACCCGACGUAUCGUUCGUACAAAGAUGAGCUUAAUCACGAAGGAAAUGAUGAUGACAAUCAUGGUGGUCACUUAGUAUACGAGGACACACUGGCUUAUGACGAGGGAAGGUACUACAGGGUACUGAAUGAUCCAGAAAAUCGUUCAAAGGCUUUUGUAUACCAGCCCUCUAAUAUGUCGAUGCCGGACACGAGAACAAGUACAGCGUCCAAGUUUGAUGACCUCGACUCCCAGCCGCCAUCGUUUCACAUGCGACCAGAAAUAGAGCAGCGACAGUACCAAGACAUUGUUACUGCUCAGCCGUACUCAAUCAAACGUCCCCAGAUAAUGUAUGACAUGGGUCACUCAAAAGGGCAAGUAUUUAUCUCUUUAACAUAA